AUGGAGAAUGUCAACCAGGUUAACCAGGGAAACGUUGGAGGAAGAUCCCACCAGUCUGUGAACAUUGACAAUAAAAGGAAGGUGGUGAACAUUGACAAUAAUAAUGGCUGGAACUCCUGGAACACCAUUUGGGAUUACCAAACUGGCUUCAUGGCAACCCGGAUAAUGUCCAAAAAAUCCUGUGUUGUUGUCAAAAUGAAUAAAGCUGUCAUACCCGAUAUUACCACUCUUCCACAAGCCAUUAGAGAGAAGCAGCAAGAUCCUACUAAAGGACCUGCCCGCAAAGACAUUGCUUACACAGUUUCCCCCAAGAGGAUUACUAACUUGAGUCCAUAUGGGAAGAAUAUUGAAGCCUUGUGCAAAGGGAUUCCAUCCUAUGCUGCUUAUGAAGUUAAAAGACCAAGCUUUCCUUUCUACGGUGGAGACUGUAUUGAAGCUAAUAUCUUAUGGAUCGUGGGCAUCAGCCUUUGUGGAGAAGCAUAUGGUUAUUAA